AUGCCACGUCUACUAUGGCUAGCAGUAUGUGCACUCGCAGCACUGAAUCUCGUCGCAGGAGCUCCUGGUGAUGAACUUUUCAGAUCUGGCCUCUGGUUUGAUGUAGCCUCCAAUGCCCAAUUCCCAGAUAUCGACUUGGAAGGCCUUGCAAGGGCAGAACGUGAACGUGAUUUGACAUUGGGUGCAAAUGACAGGAUUGGGCUUGUAGCUCAGCAGUUGUUGAGUGGUGGGAGUGCUAAUGCUGUUAAGGGAGCCAAUUCGACUAACAAGAGACCCAACAUCAUCUUCAUCUUGACUGAUGAUCUGGAUCAGACUAUGGGCAGUGUCAGGCAUUUGAAGGCUGUGCAGGAGCAUCUGGUCAAGGGUGGUACUUCGUUUGAGAACCACAUGGUUUCGCAAGCGAUAUGCUGUCCGUCGCGUGUAUCCAUUCUUCGUGGGCAAUACUCGCACAACACAAAUUUCACGUCAAUUAAUCCCCCUUUUGGCGGUUACGAACGCUUUCUUGACCUUGGAUUACAUAAGAGCUACUUGCCAUUGUGGAUGCGUGAUGCGGGAUAUCAGACUGCUUUCAUUGGAAAAUUCAUAAACGGGUUUGGGCUCCGUAACUUUUUCAGAGUCCCUCCUGGUUGGGAUGCGUGGGAGCCAUUGGUGUUGCCGUGGCUGUAUGAUUAUUCACAGCCGGUGUUUUCGCGAGAUGGUUCGAUUCCAAGAGUGUACCCGAACUUGCAUCAGACUGAUGUUUUAGCGGCUAAAACUUACGCAAUGAUACGAGACGCUCUAAAUCCAAAACGAGGAAACGACAAGCCGUUGUUUUUCUAUGUCGCUCCAAUGGCUCCUCACUCUGCGGUCUCUAUGCCCAAAAUUAAUACUCCAUUCACACCAAUGAAUAAUCCCGAAUACCGUGCCCUCAACUUCCAAAAAAUGGUCGGCCGAGUUAGUGCACCAAUCCCAAACCCGAAAUACGCAUACGAGUAUUCAGAACUACAUGUUCCUCGUGAUAUACCGUCUUUCAAUCAUGGUCCUGAUCCGAAAAAGCCGUCUUGGUUGAAGAAUAUACCUGUGCAGGAUCAGGCGCAUGUCGAUAAUAUGGAUUUCUGGUAUAGGCAACGCGUUAGGUCUGUGCAGAGUGUGGAUGAGAUGGUGCAGGGGAUUGUGGAUUUGUUGACAGAGCUAAGAGAGUUGGAUAAUACUUAUAUAUUUCUGACGUCUGACAAUGGAUUCCAUCUCGGCCAAUGGGGACUUGGAGCUGGCAAAAUGACUGGAUACGAUUCAGACAUUCGAGUGCCCAUGUUUGUUAGAGGUCCAGGUGUAAAGAAGAAUCACAAAGUGCAUGAACCCUCCACCCAUCAUGAUGUUGCUCCUACUAUUCUCAAGCUGGCUGGAGGACCGCUGUAUGAACAAUUUGAUGGGAAGCCUAUGCCUGUUAAAGAUGAUAUUCAGACAGUGUCUACUGAAGCUCAUGCCGUAGAAUUUUGGGACAAUGCAGUGAGAGAGGAUGCCGGUAUCAUUGUCCCAAAGAACAAUUACAAAGGAAUCCGUCUCCUCAACAAAUUCGGAGACAGCUUUUACUACUCGGUCUGGUGCACAGGCGAACGAGAAUUCUACAACAUGACAACAGACCCACACCAAAUGCGCAACGCCAUCGACGAAGCUCCACAACACCUACUGGAUCGUCUCGAUGGUCUCAUGUCUGUACUAAAAUCAUGUGUGGGUAUAACAUGCCGACAUCCAUGGAAUGUUCUGCAUCCAGAUGGAAGUGUGGAGAACAUUCGUGAUGCCAUGUCUAGUGCGUAUGAUGAAAAGUAUGCCAGGAUGGAGAAACCUAGGUUUACAAGGUGUGUGGAAGGAUACAUUCCAGAUUCUGAGACACCGGUACCACCUAAGAGUCCAGUGUUUUUGGGUCAGAAUGUGAAGGUUGAGUCGUACUUUGACUGGGGUCGUCGGACUAAUAUUGGGAAGAAAGGGCCUGUUGAGGCUAAGGGGUAA